CGAAGAAUGUACAGGGAUCUGCCAAAAGGAAGCGCUUAAGGAUGAUCAGGGAUGAAGUAUGAUAUGGACGACAAGAGGGAAAAUAUCUGAAAUUAUAUAGAGUGAUAGAGAAGGACGAAACGAAAAAAAAAGAUGAAAUAUAAAAAGAUGUUUGGGAGGUUGGUUUUAAGGAGAGAUGAGGAGGUUACAACUGUACAGGGGCGAACUUUUUCUACUUUUCCAAAAAGUCAUUGGAGAUCGCAUAGUAAAGGGAAUAGAUUUUGCUGCUGUACUUUAUUUACUGGACCGAUUUCAUUAUUUUUAAAUCAUAAACAAUUAUCAGCCUUUUCUUGGGAACCGUGCAUGGGACUUCAGACGGGGUUCUACCGUGGUGUUACAAAUUUUGUUGGCAUCAAUGUUGUUGUAAUAAUCAAAAGGUCGGUUGGCUCCUUCAGGUAAUAGGG